AUGAAUGCCACGCGCCAAGUGCAGUGGUUUGCCUUGGGCCAAGGAAGGCAAAUGGCAGGCGCCAAUAUGUUUGUGGUGUACACAUCUGGCAACAAUGUGACGGUUUCUCCACGGUCGGGGGUUGGAGAAAUUCAACCGCUGUAUAACAAGGACGCCCAGAUUACAAUCUUGAGUGGCAGCGGUGUGCACGGCGAAGUCAUCACUGCCAACAUCCGAUGCGAUACUUGCCUAAAAUGGAAUGGGGGAACAGAAAAUGUAAACAGCUCCUCGAGUCCGUGGAUUUGGGCGAUUAAAUACGGAGAGUCCCUGCAUUCGCGCAAUUUGUCUGAGGAUAUCACGCAUCAUGAUGAUCACGGUGUCAUGAUCAUCAACCUGCAAAGAGCGACGGGGGUAGCUCAUCAAACCCCUUCGCCCAACUGGACCGAGUCUUUUGUGGUCAUGUUCCCUUUCUUCGCACUCGGACUUCAUAUUUUCCCAUCGAGAUGGACUGUGAAGAUUCACGGAACAUUUCAACUUCUCACUUUGGCUGUGGCAAUUGCAGGCCUUGGAGUUGGAGUUUCCAUGGCACGGCAGAUUGAACUGAUCGAUUCUUACCAUACCAUCCUCGGGAUGAUCAUUGUCGCAUCCCUUGCUCUUUUCCAACCUGCCAUGGGCAUGUUGCAGCACAUGUUUUUCCGAAAGACGGGUAGGAAAGGGCCUUUUGCCUUUAUGCACCGCUGGUUUGGACGAUUCAUGAUGAUAUUAGGUAUUAUCAAUGUUGGGCUUGGGUUCAAGCUUGCGCAUGGACCUCGUGGGGCGGUCAUCACCACUUGUGUUGUUGCUACCGCACUAGGUGUGGCAUUGACUCCAACUGUCCUUCAUACUCUCAUCAGUCACUACCUGAAUCGCAAAUCGCUACAUAAGAAACCAACCGUUCAUAUUACCUAUGAUGAGGGUAUCCAAAUCGUUCGUCAAUUCCUAUUCUAUGCAUCCAAACACCCCGUCGAAGACAUUCAGGCGUUCACUCGCCAAUGGGUUCCAAGUCCGCAUUGGGUGAGAACCGAGACUAUCACAAUCCCCGAGGAGUUCUUGUCCUCUGCGGCGCACGCUGUCACAAAGCAGCUGGGCCCCAAAGGUGUGAUGCGAGUGGGAGGAGAGAAAUGGUGGCAAUGGCGUGGCCCAUCCGAAGAGCUGAGGGGGGAGUGGAUUGAGAUGCGAAACCACUACAAUCAAACGGAGGGCGCUGGUAGACAUUGUAAUCGUGUGAUGCUAUAUAUUCAUGGCGGGGCCUAUUUCUUCGGAAGUGUGGACACCCAUCGGUACAUGAUGCAGCGCCAUGCGCGCAAGCUGAAGGGGCGUGUUUUUGCACCGGAGUAUCGACUAGCGCCGCAGUUUCCUUUCCCAUGUGGCCUGUAUGAUUGCAUGGCGGCAUACCUCUGGCUGCUCAAGUCCCAUAGCCCGAAGGAAAUCAUUCUUGCCGGUGACUCUGCCGGCGGAGGAAUGGCUUUAUCGAUGCUGGUCAUCAUGAGAGAUCAAGGUAUUCCCUUGCCCGCGGGCGCCAUUUUGAUCUCACCUUGGGUUGAUUUGACACACUCUUUCCCGAGUAUUGUUGAGGAUAACCCAGGUGAUUAUAUCCCUGCUUAUGGCUUUCGAUAUAAACCUUCGGCCGCUUGGCCUCCUCCCAACGCUGAUGAUAUUUUGGAAAUAAAAAGAAUGUCGCGCAAACCAGUAGUGACUGCUGAGGACGUUCAACAAGCUAUCCCCCAACGGAACAGCUCUGCCGAAGAGACUGCCAUCCGCGGUUAUACUGUCCACGAGAACAGCCCAUCCCCAGCCGAGCCUGCCUACCCUGGCCUACAGCAAGCUCCAAAUCCUACGGGCUUGGAUGCCGAACCCGAUAACAUUCACGUUGUCUUGGACGGAAAGACCGUCGAACUCAAAGACCAAAUUCAGUUGUACACCACAAACCAACUCAUGUCCCACCCUCUGGUUUCGCCAGUCCUCCAACCUUCCCUUGGUGGUCUGCCCCCUCUACAUAUAUUGAGUGGCGGUGGUGAGACGCUUCGUGACGAGCAAUUCUACGUGGCCCACAAAGCAGCGAAUCCGACAGCAUACCCACCCGGUGACGCAUAUCUCGAUGAGGACGAUCCCAACCGGGAAAUCUUGAACAAGUACAAACCGACUUAUGUACAACUUCAGGUCUGGGACGACCUAUGCCAUGUCGCUCCUACUCUGAGCUUCACGCGGCCAGCCAAGUACAUGUUCCGUUCGAUUGCUCAAUUUGGCUCUUGGGCAUUGGCUCGGGCACAGAAUGGCGAGGUCGAAAUUGCGGAUGAUAGUGCUCUUUCGGCCGUCUCCUCCAGCAGCUCAGAAGAGGAGGAUGUCCCGGGCCCUCAAGCCGCACUAAGCAAGCCACCUGAUGGGCAUGGGCCGUCAUCUGUGGGCAAGGCCGGGGAUCCUCUUCCAGCCUUCCAUCAGCACAUGAUACGCCAAAGAAUAGAUAAACGAGGACAUGUGUUCCCGCUAGAUCCUCCCUCUUCUUACCCAGUGCUAGAUAUCCCUCCUGCCAAAAUUGGGGCAGUGAAUCCCGUACUCAUCCAAAUGUGGUUGGAUGCAAAACAGGAAUGGGAUAUCAAAUUUGCGAAGGAGAAGCUUCGAGUUCAGAGCCGACGCCUGAAAGAGCUGGCGCAUGGAUUCCAAGACUUUGAUGGCGAAUGUCCUCCUCCGAGCUCUUUGGCGGCUCGACGAGCUGCUCCUGGAGUACUACCAAAACGACAUGCCAAGAAGAACUACGGGAUGAUGAUGUGGAGCGGCUGGGGCAGCAAGCACGACGAGCGCAGAAUAGAAAUGGAGAAGCAGGCCGAGCAAACGGGCAAACGUUCCACUCGCGUCAGCACUGAUGCUGGGCAGGCUGGAGCAUGGUCAAGCACUCCGGCGACGAAUACACAAACCGAAAAAGACUUAGACACUGACCUUACCGAUAAUAAGUCGCAGUCUAACGGUGACAUGUCAGUCAGCUGGGAUGAAAAAGAACACCCCACUAACGGUGAUUCUUCCACUGCACGCAUAUCCACAGAUCCUGGAACCGUCUCUCGACCUAUCUCGGAAACGAGUGCUCCCCCGAUCCUUAUAUUGCCAGGGGUGAACAACAACAUAUUUACCGAGGAGAACGCCAGCACAAGGGGUAUCUUUCAUGCCGCAGGAACUCUCCCCAUGAAAUCCGAUAUCUCCUUGGCUCAUAGUAGGUACCGGCCAACAUCCGCUGCAGGAUCUGGCACUGGCCGAAGCGAGAUGAUGUCGGACGCUGCCAGUACCAUCAGCGGCGACAAGGACUCUGUCACCUACAUGAACAUGGCAUCUGAUGCGGCUAGCAGCCGCGCUGUGAUAGGUGCUCGGGGUGUUAUUCCUCCAAUGAUGGCUGGCGAAAAAGGCCGUCGUUCUACAGAUACUCUAUCUGUAUUCUCUGCGACUGGUCGGGACUCCAUGUCGCACCGCCCUGAAAUGCCGGACAGGGAGACUUACAGAACCGCCGAAUAA